UGUGUGUGUGUGUGUGUGUGUGCACAUGCGCUGCUACUGGGACCUAGAGGAAUAAAGGUUACUUCGAACACUUCUGUCAGUGUGUCGCGUCCAGCUGCAGGCAUUCCUCUCAACGCCUCGACGCGGAAUUGCACAAUCCUGUUGUCACAGGAUUACGUCCCAUCACAACAGGGUUUUUUCUGGUUGUGUUCUUAGUGAUGAUCGUCUUAUAUAUGCUGCUAGAGAACAUUUAGUUUAUUGUAUUUAUAUCUACAUGAAAUCAGCAGUCGUGUACAGUGUUAUAUUUGGCCUAGAUGACGUCAUAAUGGUGUUGGUGCCAAUCAUUAUCUCUGCUGCCUAUCGGGUAGAGUAUGUCUAUAUGCUAUUGUGAGGGAGGGAUCCCCCUGGCUUUCAUUUCAGGAGGAAACGCAUUUGUAACACAGCAUGUACAGUAGCUAUACUCUCACACUCCCACCUCCCCCUCCUCACCCCUCCUCACCCCCUCCGCAUCCAAAUUACCAGCAUGCGCCGCAUUUAGAUUCCUGGGGGCGUCGCCGCGCCACAUGCUCUCACAUGACCGCGCCGCAUAUUCUAUCGCAGGCGCGAAGCCAAUGGGGUUUCGAUACGGUGGUGACGUCAAGGGGGCGGGUCAGUGGGCUCGCGCGCGUGUGUGUGUGUGUGUGUGAGCCUAAGUGUGUGCGAGCGAGAGCCGCGUGUGAGCUCGCGCGCGCGCAGGAGCCCCCUCCGCCAGCCAUCUCUCUCUCUCCUCCCUCCCUCCCUCUCCCCCUCUCUCUCUCUCUCUCACUGUGUACAGGCGCAGUGUGAGCAGUGUGAGCAGCUCGGCUGGCCUCCCUCCGCUCUGAAUGGACUAGAUUCCCAGCCACGUAAGAAGCACAGAGAGGAUGUCCUGCUGAAUCCAGGGAUAGGCCUGGGAAAGUCGGCCGGCCGUCCCUUCCUUCCUUCCUUCCUUCCAGCAGCAGCUCACCCCAGCACCCACAAAGACAGACCGCACUUCUCUUCCACUGGACCACGACGAAGACCAGCGAGGACGUUCACUCCAGCGCGCGGCGACCUACGUCAGUGCUCCGGAUGCGCCUUUCGUCCUCCCGCGGUGCAUCACGUUCGCCGUGCACGGAUACGAUCCCGGGGAACAAGGCCGUGCACUGACCUGGUACUAGUUAGCCGGUGACGCUAGCCAGUUAGCUCUGCACCUGCUAGCCAUCGUUUGUCUGUCAAAUUUCGGCUAAAUUUAGCGGCCACGCGCAGCUCGCGACGCUUUAAACAUUCGCUGCUUGUUGUUAUUUGGCGCUCGUGCCUGUCAGUCGUAUCCAGCGGAGUGUUUCUGUUUUAUGAAACGUGCCACAGCAUUAACCGGCAAGAUAAGCUAGCGGACGAGCUGCGGGGUCUCCAUUCAUUGUAAAAGCUCCCUUCGGCUGCCUUUGUUGCAGCGGGUCUGUGUUGAUGCUCCAUUUCUAGUCGACGCGGGACAGCGGCUCGGUUAUUUGAUCUGGCCUUGAAUGGAAAACAACGGUGCCACAAGAACGAACGAGCUCUGCAGAAAAUCCCGGGGCUCUUUUUGUUGCAUGAAAACCAGCGAGCCUGUUGAUAAUCCGUCACCUCCAGCCGCAGCGUGCGGUCCAGUCGAGCCUUCGCCUUCGCCUUCGCCUUCGCCGCCGUGUUCGCGUUCGGCUGUUGCUUUAUGAAAGACCCCUGGACGCGUUUUUAACGUCGCACCGGCUUCACGACUCGGAGGAGGAAGGACCCCCCACCACCACGAUUUUGUGGAGCUACCGCAUUUGUUCCUCAUGAACAUACAGAGGUCAAAUCCAAUUAACAUUUCACGUCAUGGGAGAUCGCGGCACAAAUCGCACGAUUUCGAAGAAUUGUCUUGUUUACGGACUACAGAGUCGCACCAGAGUUUCAGCCCCAACCUCGGGUCCCCCAGCCCGCCGGAGACCCCGGACUCCUCGCACUGUAUCUCCCGCAUCGGGGACUACCUUUUGUUGGAGCCGCUGGAGGGAGACCACGUUUUCAGAGCCGCCCACCUGCACAGCGGGGAAGAGCUCGUGUGUAAGGUUUUUCACAUUGGCAGAUACCAGGAGUCACUGGCAGCCUACUUCGCCCUGGGGCAGCACCAGCAUAUCAACCAAAUCCUGGAGAUCCUGCUCGGGGAGACACAAGCCUAUGUAUUCUUUGAGAGGAGCUACGGCGACAUGCACUCUUUUGUCCGCACCUGCAAGAAGUUGCGUGAGGACGAGGCUGCCAGACUCUUCUAUCAGAUAGCCUCGGCUGUGGCACAUUGCCACGACAAUGGACUGGUCCUUCGUGACCUCAAACUGAAGAAGUUUGUCUUCAAGAACGACGACAGAAGCUUUGUGAAGCUCGAGAGCCUUGAGGACACUUACAUCCUGGAGGGUCUUGAUGACUCCUUGUCAGACAAACAUGGGUGCCCGGCCUACGUCAGCCCUGAGAUCCUCAACGCCAGUGGCAGUUAUUCGGGCAAGGCAGCAGACGUCUGGAGUCUGGGCGUCAUGCUUUAUACCAUUCUCGUGGGCCGCUACCCUUUCCAUGACGUUGAGCCCGGCUCCCUGUUCAGCAAAAUCCGCAGGGGUCACUUUAACAUCCCGGAGACUCUCACACCCAAGGCCAAGUGCCUGAUCCGCUCCAUCCUCCGCCGGGAGCCCGCCGAGCGCCUCACCUCCCGGGAGAUCCUGGAGCACCCCUGGUUUAUGUCUUCCGGGGCUCUAGGGGGCGCCGUUCUGCACAGUCGGGGGGAACGGGAGCAGGAGCAGAUGGUGCCCGAGGUGAACAUGGAGGAGGAGCUAGAGCAGUUCUUCAGCUGAGCAAGCGCCAAGCACAAACGGACGACCCCGCCACGGUUGGCUCGCCACGCUCACAGCAGAGUCAGAAACAGUAGUGUAGAGAUUACUAGGUGAACAUUUGUCACUCAUAAUCAAGGUGUUUCCAUCCUGUUUCGUUUUCCAUUGUGUCUUGGAAAACCUGGCAUGACAAAUGGCAUCUACGCGUCACCUGGUGACGCGCGUCCCGCCCAGAGGCGCUGCCGCCAGACAUGCAAGUUGCAAACAAUGUAGCAAAAGUUCUUUUUUGGAUCUGUUCGGUCUAAUGUGGUGCUCAUAAAAGUAGACACAUUCAUUCUGACACUAUGGAAAGCAUGAAGGGACAGACGUACACAGGAAACCAAGAAGAACAAUUCAAAACGAACUGCAACACCACACCCUCCCUUAAAGGCUCGUUUUUCCUGUCCAAGCUUUGGGUGGAACCGACUUAGACCACGGACCCAGCGUCAGAAAUCACAGCUGCAAGUCUCUGUCUGACCUGGUGCCAUCGGCUUCUCUUUCGUCGCCAACGUGUUUGACCUCGACUUUGCUUCUCGCCCACAUUUAGUUCUGUCGCCUCUCAUUUGUCUCGUUUUUGCGUUGCUGAAAGUCAGUCGAUGGCCUUUUAAAUGAUUUCGACGCGUCGGCGUCGUCUCAUCCUGAUCCAGUCACCGCCGCAGCUUCAUUUUCCAGUGUGAUGCGUUUGUGUUUGUUCGACCCUCUUGUUAUUGCUGCUUUAACAUCACUCCCACAACCUCAGUCUCAGAAACAGCUGUUUUUCUUUUCUUAACCUUCAAACAUAGCAUCAUGCACUUGAUGAGUUCAAAUUAGCUUCCUCUUAUUUAAAUUCACUCUUCAGUUUUGGAAUGAGAACGUAACCUUUAUUUAAAUUGUAACAGCUAUAUAUAUAUAAAAUAUAUAUAUCUAAAUAUAUAAAUAAAUCUAAAUAUAUAUAUUUAAAACUACAUUGCAGGGUUUUCCUUUCUUCAGAGAUUCAUUUUUCAUGUAUAAUGUAGGCAAUACCUUGACACAGGACAGAUGCAAUGAGGAAAACACAUCUGUCUGAAGAUUUAGAAAACAUCAAAUAUCCUACGUGCCAGUAUUCCUGCGCCCCGACGGCCCGCGCCACCCGGUCUCCCUCGUGACUUUACAAAAACAUGAUACGAGACACCCAGCGAUAGUAUUUGUAUGACAUGCUCACUCCAGGACCUCGUGUUAGUCUCCUCUUGCUUGCGUAGGUUCUGUGACACGACCAUGCUCGGAAUGGGUACACGUGGACACGUUUUGUCGUAUCUCAAUGUUACUUGAAUUUGUGUUUUUAUCUAGUCAUUGGCAUGUGCCCCAUGAAUGCUAUAGCCUGCCUAGCAGGGGGGGCUGAGGGGUGGGGGGAGGAGGGUGCUUGUUUUAUAAGAAAAAGAAUAACAGAGAAAAUCCUCAGUUUGCUAUUAUUCUAAGUUGCUUUUCGCUAAACCUUUUUUGCUUUUAUUGUUUUCGUAGAAGGAGCUCCCUUUUAUUUAAGUUGGUGCUGAUUUGGUGCUAAUGCUCGGUCCUUUUCCGUUUCCGUUUCCUUUGGAGGGUGGUGCAUGGUGGGAUACCUGCCUCAGAUGUUCUGAUUGUAUUGUAACAGAUUCUGGUGUUUUGUCCAAAUUUACUCAGUAAAUAAAUUGUGAACGGCU